UUGAAACAAACUAGUACACAUCUAAAUAAGAUGACUGCUGCCCGUGUCGUUGAUGAGGAUGAUAGGAAUGUAUUCCAACCGCGAUUGACUACUGUGUUCCUAUUCUUCCUCUCAUCAGCCGUGUGCUCAGCACUCUACAACAGGAUCAUCGAUUGUGAUGAGCCCAUGAACUACUGGGAGCCCACUCACUUCCUUAUGUUUGGCAAUGGUCUACAGACUUGGGAGUACAGCCCUGUAUAUGCACUGCGAUCAUAUGCAUACUUGUUGUAUCAUUCUUCGUUUGGCAAUGUAUUGAAGAUGAUUGUACCAAACAAUACAUUGAUAUUGUAUAUAUAUAUGAAGAUCAUGAUUGGACUACAGACUGCACUUGGUCAGACAGUGUUCUACGCUGGUAUCCAACGCAAGUUUGGUAAUACCAUCGCAUUGUACACUGCACUAUUCAUGCUGUUCAGUCCAGGAAUGUUCAUAUCUUCCACAACAUACCUCCCAUCAACCUUCUCCAUGAUGACAUUGUUAUUGGCUUAUGGAUUCUGGAUGUUGGAUAGACCAUUGUUGGCCGUGUUUAUGUGCGCCACAAGUGUGUUCAUGGGUUGGCCAUUCGUUAUUGUAGUGUGCGUACCCAUUGCCCUCCACCUACUGGUGCGCCAUGGCCCGCUCCGCCUGGUGGCGUGGGCCUUGCUGCCAUGCGCACUUGUCCUGGCGCCCAUGUUGGCGAUCGACUACCAGUACUAUGGCAAGUUUGUGUUUGCCAUACUCAACAUCAUUACGUACAACUUCACGGCGAGCCACGCUGGCGGCUCGCAACUCUACGGCAUCGAGCACUGGUCCUUCUACUUUAUCAACUGCUUCGUCAACUUCAAUGUGGUCUUUGUGGCGGCACUGGUGGCCGCACCCCUGGUCGUGCUGCUGUGGCUGACGCCCAACUAUCGUGGCACGCUUCAGGACGUACCCAGGACACUGCUCACCCUGUCUCCCUUCUACAUGUGGUUCGCGUUCAUGUCGUACCUGCCACACAAGGAGGAGCGAUUCCUGUUUGUAGUCUACCCCUUCCUGUGCCUGGCGGCGGCCACGGCCAUCUAUCUUUGCACGUUCGCGCUCGGGCGUCUGUGCAACAAGUACGAUGAAUACCUUCAUAAGAAGAACGAUGGCGAUACAGACAUUCUACGACAAAAGGGCACCAGCAGAGUCCAUGCGCGCAGCAGAAGCUUCUGGACGAGCGCACUCGAGACCAUCAUCACAUUCGUUCAAUACACAUUCGUCCUGCUGUUCAUUGUACUAUCGAUCUCGCGAACAUACUCAACCUACAUCAACUACACUGGCGCGCUGGACACGUUUGUCCACCUCCAUGACCAGGUACUCAAGGGUGGCAACCUGGCCCACCCCGACUUCCCCGCCGGACUGCCCCACGGCGGCACAGUGCGCGUGUGUGUCGGCAAGGAAUGGUAUCGCUUCCCGUCCAACUACUUCCUGCCCAAGCCACAGUUGGAUACGCGCAGCAACCUGGGCUUCCUCGAGUCGCACUUCAAGGGCCAGUUGCCCCAGCCUUUUGCCAGCGGACCUAAUGCCACAUCGAUCAUACCGAGCAAUUUUAAUGAUCAGAACAGGGAGGAGCGAGAUAGAUACGUGCCAGUGGAGUCCUGUCACUACAUCAUUGACUUUGACCUCCCGACAGAUGCUGCAGCGGAUAGAUACACUAAGCGUGACGACUUUGAAACGGUCUUCUCUGCGCCCUUCAUGGAUGCCGCGCACUCAAGCUCAUUGGCGCGUGCCUUUUACAUUCCAUUCUACUCUGCCGAUCACUGUACCUUCCACAACUAUGUCCUUCUCUCUGCCAAGUCGAACAAUGGCAAGAGA